AUGAAAUUUUCUGAUCCUGGAAAGAGGGGAAGAAUUGCCACUGGAUUAGGGGUUCUGGAGGCGGUGACGUGGUCAAGGAAGGAUUAUUAUCACUUCCUGGAUGGGGUGGUCAAAGUUGCUGAAAACCAACCAGCUGAUAUACUAGCCAGGAACUUAGCAGUAGUUAGGAUCCCUAAUCAAGUUACUGAAAAGCACAUUGCCGAGAAUGUUGAACCACUUUUUAGAUCAAAAGGGAAUGUUAGGCUGGCAAGUUACUUUCCUUCAGUGAAUAUGAGGAAGACUGACAGAACAACUAACAUUGAUUCAGUUUCAUGCUUGGCAAUGUUUGGAACUCUGGAGCUACAAGCAGAGGUCCAUGAAGUGGUUGACUCAGUAAUUGAACGGCUAAGAACUUUAAGCCGGAAAUCAGGUGGUCAGUUUGUAGCAGUUGAUAUGAGGGUAGAGGUAUUGGAGAAAGAGGAUUGCCAAGGAAGUGGUGAUUCUGAAACUAAAAGCUGUUACAGUCCAGAAGAGGUUGCACUGUUCCUGAGAAAGAUUGGUUUUGACAAGGAUACCACAAUAUAUGUGACCCAAUCUAGGUGGGAUAGCAGCCUUGAUACCCUGAAAGAUUUCUUUCCAAAAACUUACACAAAGAAGGGGAAAAAGGUGCUCGAUUUUUGCCUCUUGCAGAGCAGAAAUCACCUUGAGAUGGAAUUGUCUAAGUAG